AUGAACUUUAGAAGAGCCUCGACACCGGUUGGACCAAAGAAGCCGUUGUACGAGUUUGUUGAUGCUCCUCCAACACCAAUCAAUGUGUUCACGACUAAGAAACAACAGACACCAACAUCGGCCACUUCAUCAUCGUCAAUGUCAUCGACAAUGGGAUGGUCAGCUGGCAACAGUAGUACAAACAGUCUCAAUAGCAGCUCAUUGCCAAAGACUCCGAUCACAUCGGCCACGCCACUCAGGAUACCAAAGUCGGUCACAAUGUCGGCGAUCAAGCCUCGUGUUCAUACAUACCCGAGCUCACCUGCGCCUGGCAGUGAUGAUGGCGGACUGUCAGCAAGUAGUUCUGGUGGCGGCGACAACAUAAACAACCUGUCAACAUCAAGUUCAUUCUAUUUUGGCAUGGAUGAUGAUGACACCUCAUUCAUGGGCUCGCCCGAGUCGGUGUUCAUGGCGGACUCGGCACGAUCCACACCGGCAAAGCUGCGUACCAAGACCACUACCCAACGAAUCAAAGACAUGCUAUCCUAUCCCAUUGACAAGUGGGAUGAGCUCCACGAGGACUUACUCGUGCUCAACAACCAUCCACUAUACACUCUCGCCGUCUAUGCCCUCUGUGCCUUUUUGAAUAUACUCUUGUUUGGCUAUGCCAUUGACCUGUUUGGCAAUUUUAUUGGACUCCUUAUCUUGCUCAUCAGUGCAGGCAACACUCUCUAUUAUGUAAAUAGCACAAAGAAGGUACAUCUGUAUCGAUACCAAGGUACCAAGUUCGCCAGUCCCAACAUGUGUCUGGAAUCCAUUGAGACUCCAACAGGAUCCAUUGACAAUGUCAUGGUACUUAAGAUAUGGGAUCCAAAGUUCACAAGUAAGAUGGUGUUCACCUUCUUCUCACCACUCCAUGUAUUCCUUAUGAUGAUGGCAGGAUCAGACCUGGACAGAUUCGUAAACUGUGUAUUCCUCUCUGCAAUGAUUGCAUAUGGUAUCUACUUCCUCACCAAUCUACACGAUGCCAAGACAAGAGACGAGAAGAUUCUUUACACACAACUAUGCGAGGAUAUGCUCUUGGUCUUUAAAGACAUGAUGAUGAAGUUCAAACAAUCAACAGAUCUUUCUUUGUCACAAGAUGGCUGA